UGUUAUCGUUCUACUGGUUUCGAUUUUCUUAAUGUGAAUUAUUGUGAUAGACAUGUGGCAUUAAACAUUUGAUACAUUAUUACCGGUAAAUUUUCUUAUAAAAAAUUAAUCCUGGUGGUUAUUCUAGAUCCAACAAGACUGACCUUUCCUCUUGUCCCUGGUUCAUAUUGAUAUAAUGCAUUUAUUUGUAAAAAAAACAAACAAAAACCAGUAACCAGUAUUUUGUUGGUCACUUAAUAACAUGCAGUUUAGUUUCUGAGUGGCUUUUGCUUCGGGCCUGACGGGGAAUAAAUAACUUGUUGUCUCGCACACAAAGUGACGGUCAGUUUAAACGUCCUGUCCUGAAGUCAACGUCUCGCAGAGCGGACACCGACACCAGCUGAUGUCCCGAAUGCCUCCAAACAUCCCAAGAACAAGGCAGCGAACGGGAAUCCUGCUGCACUGUGUGUCAGAGCUCUGUGUUGUGUAUGUGAGCCGCUCAGCAGUCAGCAGACAUCGUCUCUUCUCUGCUUUACUGACAGUAGCUUCCUCUGGGAGACGUCCUCACACCCCCGUGAUGGCUCCUGCUUGGCUGCUGGUGCUGAUAUUUGGUGUUGUGAGUGAGGUGGUUAGACGUCCGUGUUGAUGGACCCACGGCGGGGGGUAGAUGGUGUGCAGUGUUGAGGUGCCAGUCUUGUACUGUUACGGGCUGAUUGUGUCCCAUGUGAAGGGACUUGGAAGGAUACUGAUCAGAGCUGUAAAGUCCUUGUUCCUCAGGCUCCUUUUUCUCUCUGGCAAGCAAACAGUCCCCACUAAACAGCACCUGAACACCUUUGACCAGAUACCAACUCUUUGCUACACAGAACACACACAGUUCACUCAUGGUUUGCGUGUGUGUUUCAGACAUGGCAGGGGGACCGGUGGACCCCAGAGAGAUCCUGAAGAGUGUGGAGCCUCUGCUGGGGAAAGAUGGAGAGCUCCGCAGUCUGGAGGGGGUCCCAAAGGUGUACAGCCUUAUGAAAGCUUCUACCAAGAUGGUCAGUAGAUGUAUGUACCUGAGCAUCUUGCUGCAGACCAAAUCCCACGAUGUUCUGAACAGGUUUAUCAGAGUCGGUGGCUACAAGAUGCUAAACGCCUGGCUCACCUACUCCAAAACCACCAACAACACCCCCCUGCUGCAACUCAUCCUGCUCACGCUGCAGAAGUUGCCUCUCAAAGUGGACCACCUCAAACAGAACAACACAGCCAAGCUGGUGAAGCAGCUGAGCAAGAGCGCGGACACUGAAGAGCUGAGGAAGUUGGCGUCGGUGCUCGUAGAGGGCUGGAUGGCUACAAUCCGUUCCCAGAGUGUGUCGAGCAGCAGCACCUCUCCUGCUGAUAAGAAAAAGAAGAAAGUGGAGGGCAAGCUACCCGUUCGGGACGUGAAGGAGAAGAGUGGAGAGGAGGAGAAGAAGAAGGAGAAACCUAAAGCUCACGCACCGAGCCACGCAAAGAUCCGCUCCAUUGGAUUGGAGAUGGACACUCCCAGCAUGGCCCCUGCUAAGAAGACGCCCACCGCCCCGCAGCUGGGGGACAAGUACAACAUCAAGCCUCCAGUCCUCAAGAGGCUAAGCUCUGGUCCAGCAGAUGCUCCACCGCUGGAGAAGAAAUACAAACCUCUGAACACCCCCUCUAACUCUGCCAAAGAGAUCAAAGUGAAGAUCAUUCCAGCACAGCCGAUGGAGUGCACAGGGUUCCUGGACGCUCUGAACUCUGCUCCAGUGCCUGGGAUUAAGAUUAAGAAGAAGAAAUCUGGUGCUGGUACUACCCCCAAUACCACUACCAAGGCCAACUCCCCCACGUCUAACAAGGGAAGUCCAUUUGACAGCAAACCUUCUUCGUAUUCUUCAUCUUCUGCAAAACCGUCAUCUCCAGAAACAGCUGCUUCCAUCACUCCUGCUGAUGAAAACCAGGAGCUGGAGCGGCCCGGGACCCCUGUUCCCUCUGAGGAGGCCGAGGCCUCUGACAACGGCGAGAAGCCGAACGCUCUGGCAGAACCACGGGGAGAAGAAGAGAGCUUGACCAAGAAAGGCAAGAAGAAGAAGACAGUUCACUGGGCUGAGGAGGAGCAGCUCAAACACUACUUCUACUUUGAUCUGGAUGAGACAGAGAGAGUUAACGUCAACAAGAUCAAGGACUUUGGCGAGGCUGCCAAACGAGAGCUGAUGAUGGACAGGCAGACGUAUGAGAUGUCCCGCCGGCUCUCUCAUGACACCAUGGAAGAAAGGGUCCCCUGGACCCCCCCAAGGCCCCUGACGCUGACCGGCAGCCUGGUCAUCACUGGCACCAACAGCACAGAGAAACUCUCCCAGAGAGACCGUGAGAUGGGCAUCCUGCAGGAGAUCUUCCUCACCAAGGAGAGUGUGCCCGAUAGUCCACAUGAACCAGACCCGGAGCCUUAUGAGCCCAUGCCCCCCCGUCUCAUUCCUCUGGACGAGGACUCCACCACGCAGGAGGACGGAUAUGUGGAGCCCAUGGACACGGCGUCCCAGCACGGCUCUGCUUUGGCCCUGACCGAGAGCUCCAAGCUGCCCCCGGUGCUGGCCAACCUCAUGGGCAACCUGAGCAGCACCUCCCGCAGCCCACAGGCCACGCCCACAGUCAGCAACCCCGUGGCCCCCACUGUCAACGUCCAGGAGCUGCUCUCAUCCAUCAUGGGUGCUUCUGGUAACCAGUCGACUGAGGACUUGAUCAAGCAGCCUAACUUCUCGGACAAGAUUAAACAGCUACUGGGCUCUCUCCAGCAGACCCAGAACCAGGGAGGACCUCCACCAGUCAACCCUGGUUUGCUGGGUCACGGUCCAGGCAUGAACAAUAUGAACAACAUGAACAUGCACAUGCAGAUGCCCAUGAACGGCGGCUACCCACCCAACAACCCGCCCGGGGGUCCUCGCUUCAACCACCCUCCACCCCCUCACAACCACGGCCCGCCUUUCAACAGCGGCGGAGGCCCGCGCAUGAUGGGGCCGCCACCGGGCCAGGGCCAGGGCCGCGGGGACAAUGGCAACUACUGGGGAGAUGAUUCCAUGAGAGGGGGGCCCCACAGGGGGGGCCACUUCCACCGAGGAGGCCGAGGCCGAGGAGGAGGAGGAGACCUGGGCUUCAGGGGCAGAGGACGAGGGGGGCCCAGAGGAGGACACAACAACAUGAAUGACAUGUCCAAGAGGCCCGUGUGUCGUCACUUCAUGAUGAAGGGAAGCUGCAGGUACGAGAGUAACUGUGCUUUCUAUCACCCUGGGGUAAACGGACCCCCGCUGCCACCCAACCACCCCGCUAACAACCAGCACCCACAGCACGGACACUAGGGCCCUGCUGGCGAGCGGUGAUCCAACCCUGCACCUUCCGCGACGCCGGCCUGGAGCAGCUAGCUGAGGGGAGAGCGAUGCCACGGCGUUUUUAUUGGGUCAUUUUAAACAGCGACCCUGUCUGAGCCAGCACCACUGAAUCUGUCCUGCGCUGUGCUUGUCUUCCUGUGCACGUGUGAUAUUGUAUCAUAUUCCCUUCAUGAAGUCAGACAAGUGACAGCAGCAUUUCGGAAGCACUUAAUGAACCCAUGACUCGCUGACCCCGAGGCAAAGGUCAUGGUGCUCAGACGGGGUUCUUCCAGCUGCUGCUGCUGAAUGGGACGACGUGGACAGGACCAGCCACAGCGCGUGUCCCCAUCCCAAGUGUGUGACGUGGGUCUGUCAGUCAUCUGUAGUCUGGGGGGUUCAGCCAUAUGACUGUUUUCUGUGAAAACGAUGACCUUUGUGUCUCUUGUGGGACUGUGAUAAUCUAUUGGUUGUUGUUUUUUAUUUUAUUUUCAUGCGAUCAUCAGAAUAUCGGCCCUUUUUUAAGGUGGGUUCAGUUUUUGUCGGUAUGAAAUGUUUGUAAGAAUACAAAAUGCACAUUCAUGCUCAGUCAUAUUUUCUGUUGAAUUAUUUUGUACAAAGUGUAUUGAAUAAAUGUCAAACAUAAA